AUGGCGGCGCACCUAUCCUACGGGCGAGUGAACCUGAAUGUCCUGCGGGAGGCUGUGCGUCGCGAGCUCCGGGAGUUCCUGGACAAGUGCGCGGGCAGCAAGGCAAUUGUUUGGGAUGAGUACCUAACAGGACCAUUUGGGCUGAUUGCACAGUACUCACUUCUGAAGGAACAUGAAGUGGAAAAAAUGUUCACUCUUAAAGGAAGCCGUUUGCCAGCAGCUGAUGUCAAGAAUAUUAUAUUUUUUGUCAGACCCAGGCUAGAAUUGAUGGAUAUAAUUGCGGAAAAUGUGCUCAGUGAAGACAGACGUGGACCAGCGCGAGAUUUCCACAUUUUGUUUGUGCCACGCCGCAGCUUACUGUGUGAGCAGCGGUUAAAGGAUCUGGGUGUCUUAGGAUCCUUCAUUCACAGGGAGGAAUACAGCCUCGAUCUCAUCCCCUUUGACGGGGAUCUCUUGUCAAUGGAAUCUGAGAGCGCAUUCAGGGAGUGCUACCUGGAGAGCGACCAGACAAGCCUCUACCACGCCGCAAAGGGGCUCAUGACCCUGCAGGCUCUGUAUGGGACCAUCCCCCAGAUCUUUGGGAAAGGGGAGUGUGCACGGCAAGUGGCCAAUAUGAUGAUCAGAAUGAAGAGAGAAUUUACAGGAAGCCAAAAUUCAAUAUUUCCUGUGUUUGAUAACCUCUUGCUGCUCGAUCGAAAUGUGGACUUGUUAACACCUCUAGCUACCCAGCUUACAUAUGAAGGGCUCAUUGAUGAAAUUUAUGGCAUUCAGAAUAGUUAUGUGAAGUUACCGCCAGAAAAAUUCACCCCUAAGAAGCAGGGUGAGAGUGGUAAGGAUCUUCCUACAGAAGCUAAGAAGCUGCAGCUGAACUCUGCGGAGGAGCUGUAUGCCGAGAUCCGAGAUAAGAACUUCAACGCCGUGGGCUCCGUGCUAAGCAAGAAAGCAAAAGUCAUUUCAGCAGCCUUUGAGGAGAGGCACAACGCUAAAACGGUUGGGGAGAUCAAGCAGUUUGUUUCCCAGCUGCCCCAUAUGCAGGCUGCAAGGGGCUCCCUCGCAAACCACACGUCCAUCGCCGAGUUAAUCAAAGAUGUGACCACUUCUGAAGACUUCUUUGAUAAAUUAACAGUGGAGCAGGAGUUUAUGUCUGGAAUAGACACUGAUAAGAUCAACAACUACAUUGAGGAUUGUAUCGCCCAAAAGCACCCCUUGAUCAAGGUGUUGAGACUUGUUUGCCUCCAGUCCGUGUGUAACAGUGGACUCAAACAAAAAGUUUUGGACUAUUACAAGAGAGAAAUUCUCCAGACCUACGGCUAUGAACACAUCCUGACCUUGUACAACCUUGAGAAAGCUGGACUCCUGCGACCGCAGACAGGGGGCCGGAACAAUUACCCGACAAUUCGCAAAACAUUGCGGCUCUGGAUGGACGAUGUCAACGAACAAAAUCCCACUGACAUUUCCUACGUGUACAGUGGCUACGCCCCUCUCAGUGUGCGGCUGGCCCAGCUACUCUCCCGGCCUGGCUGGCGGAGCAUUGAAGAAGUACUCCGCAUCCUCCCCGGACCACACUUUGAGGAACGGCAGCCUUUGCCCACUGGCCUUCAAAAGAAACGUCAGCCUGGAGAAAACCGAGUCACUCUGAUCUUUUUCCUUGGAGGCGUGACCUAUGCAGAAAUUGCUGCUCUGCGGUUUCUCUCCCAGCUGGAGGAUGGUGGUACUGAAUAUGUCGUCGCCACCACUAAACUAAUGAAUGGAGCCAGCUGGAUAGAGUCUCUAAUGGAAAAGCCUGUCUAG